AGAAAAAAUCGCACUUAUACUAUAGCUUAGUUGACCAAAUAAAUAUAUUUUUUGUUGCACAGUGUUUAAUGUUGGUGGAAAGGAAUGAGUUGUUUUGCCUGUCUUUGAAUUGUCUGUAUGUAUGAAUGUAUGUAAAACCUUAAUUUAAUGAAUAUUUUCAAGACAGAAAUAAAACUGAUAACUACAUUUUAAUCAAAAGACUAUAAAAGCGGUUUUGCGGUUAAACUUUGGUCAUAAACUAAAGAAAUGUUCCUUCAAACCGUUUGGUAUAUAUUUUUGGCGGUGGUUUUCGGACCUAUCUUGGUGUCUUCCGAAGGGAUUGAUUCCUACGAGAACUACUAUAAUGAGAUCCAUGUGGACGAUGAACAGGCGGAGGCCAAGACCCGUAAUGCAUUGCAAUCGCCACUUCAACGUUGGCCCGGUAACAAGAUAUACUACCGAGUAUCUGGGGACUACAGUGACCAGGAGGUGACCAAUGUUCGGGCAGCGAUGACGAGUUUUGGCGAACAGACCUGUGUUCAGUUCGAGGAGAUCGAAGGAUCUCCUCCCGCAGGAAAACGAUAUGUGUUCUUCAAGAAAUCGCCGAAUAUGUGUGGAACCCGAGUGGGCUACCAACCUUUAUCCUUUGGCCCCCACGAAGUCGUCCUGAAUGAGAGAUGCCUUACCAUGCCGGCUGUUAUCCAGCACGAAACACUCCACUUACUGGGACUUUUCCACGAGCAAAGUCGUCCGGAUCGCGAUGAGUAUGUGAAAAUCGACUACGAUAAUAUCCCGAGAAAGUACUGGUCGCAGUUCAUGGCCAUGGAUCAGACCACCACUUUCAAUGUUCCCUAUGAUUAUGAGAGUGUUAUGCACUAUGCGAAGAACGCAUUCGCCAAGGAUCCCUCAAAGCCCACUAUCCGUGCUCUAAUCAACGGUGAGGAAGUGGAGAGGGAAAUGGGACAAGUGCGCGGACCAUCGGAGGGUGAUUGGACCAAGAUUCGUUUAAUGUACAAAUGCUAAACGGGAUAAAAUGGCCUGCGAGGACUGGGAUUGGUAAAUAAAGAUUGGGCUAACACAGAUUGGUGUCUUAUAA